UGAUCAAAUUCCACCGUUCAGGGAACUCUGCCUUGCCAAUUUGACGGUGCUCAAGGUGUCCCAGUGUAAUCGGCUCGUCUAUUUAAUAACAAAUUCAACUGCCAAAAGCUUGGUGAAUCUUGAAACAUUGGAGAUAAGUUUCUGCUAUAAGAUGGAAGAAAUUGUAAUGAAGCAGGACGGAGAAGAUGAUGAGGACAAGGAAAUCUUUUUUAGCAAACUGAAGCUUUUGGAACUUGACUAUUUACCAAGAUUGAAGAGAUUUAGUGGCCACAGUUGCACUUUCAGGUUCCCAUUAUUAGAAUGUGUAACUAUAGCACGGUGUCCUCGACUCACAAUGUUCUGUCCAGGAGCCAUUUAUGCCCCGCGUCUGCAAAGCAUUCGAGUAUGUAGACACAAACAUGAUCAUCAUAAAGAUAUUUGGAUGACCGAUCUUAACAACACCAUCCAACAUCGGUUUAUGACUCAGGAGGUAACUUCCAUAACCCAAGACAUGGUGUUAAAUGCGGAGAAUAUCACAAUGAUAAGUGAUGUCUUUCCUAAAGUGAGAAGUCUUUGUGUAGAAAGCUUCCAAGAUGGAGUACUCUUUCCCUAUAGAUCCCUUGAAAAAUUUCCCCAGUUGGAUUAUCUUGAGGUGGAGCAAAGUUCAUUUGAGGAGAUAUUCCCCUCACAGGACCAGAUUAUUGAUUUUAUGGGGAAAAUUCCUCCAUUUGAGGGAUUACGCAUUUCCAAUUUGGAUAAGCUCAAGAGUAUAUGGAAGGACGAUUCUCAACUACCACCAAUUCGUCAAAACUUGACAUACCUCGUGGUCAAAAAUUGUUGUAACUUGGUCAAGUUGACACCAUUCUCUGCUUCAUUUGAAAAUUUGAGAAACCUAUCCGUAUCUGAGUGCCAUCAGCUCAUUCAUUUAGUGGCAAGUUCAAUUGCCAAAAGCUUUGUGAGUCUUGAAUGGUUGGUCAUACAUGAUUGCAAAAAGAUGGAGGAAAUUGUAAUGAAUGACACCAAUGAAGACGUAGAAGGUGGAAUCAUAUUCAACCGAUUGCAUCGGAUCGAACUUGUUGAUAUGGUAAGCUUGAAGAUGUUUUCUUCACAAAGUCACACCUUGGAAUUCCCAAAAUUAGAAGAGAUAAAAAUAACUGGAUGUCCUCAAAUGAAGAAGUUUGGUCUAGGAGUGUUGAAAACACCAAAGUUGUCUAAAGUGAAAAUAGAAGGACAUGAUAUGGAAUGGGAGGAUGAAGGAGACGUUAACAAAACAAUACAAAUGCUAUGCUCAGCAAAGGACAGCGUUAAUUGAUAGAAGGAUAAGUCCAUCAUCCAUGUUAUCAUUUUCAGGUGCCUUUGGUGAUGAUGUUGACAUUUAAUGAUGAAUGUGGACGGAUGUUUGUGCAUUGAUGCUUUUGUUGAAUUCUCUGUUAUUUGAUAAAUGAGACUCUGUUUUUAUCAUAAGCAAUAUUCAUACCAAUAAAUUGGGUGACGAAUGACUUGACCCUGCAGGUCAAAACUCUACCCUUAAAGAGUGGUUUGUUUCAUUGUGUAUUAUAACUCUAAUAGAUGGAAGACUCAGAAAUUGGUGCGCUGUGAUUGUGAAGCUUUCAUUCAACAACCGUGUGGUUUGUUUCAAUA